GGGCAGUUGGAGGCCGGCGGUUGUAGAGGACGCGACGGCGCCGAAAGCUCGCCAGCCAGGACAAGGCCAUGGAGCGCGAAGUCCAGCGGGUUCGAGACGCGUUCCGGUCGGGCCGGUCGCGCCCCCUGGGAUUCCGGCUGCAGCAGCUCGAGGCCCUGCGGAGGAUGAUGCAGGAGCGCGAGAAGGACAUCCUGGCGGCUGUCGGUGCUGAUCUGUGCAAAAGUGAAUUCAAUGCAUACAGUCAUGAAAUUAUUACCAUCCUUGGAGAAAUUGAUCUUGUCAUGGAGAAGCUUCCUGAAUGGGUUACUGCUGAACCAGCUAAGAAGAACCUGCUCACGAUGAUGGAUGAGGCUUAUGUUCAACCAGAGCCCCUGGGAGUUGUACUAAUUAUUGGAGCUUGGAACUAUCCCCUUGUUCUUGUCAUUCAGCCUCUGAUAGGAGCCAUUGCUGCAGGAAAUGCUGUGAUUAUCAAGCCUUCUGAACUAAGUGAAAAUACAGCCAAUAUCUUGGCUAAGCUCCUCCCUCAAUAUAUAGAUCAGGAUCUGUAUGUUGUUAUUAAUGGUGGUGUUGAGGAAACCACACAGCUCCUGAGGCAGCGAUUUGACCACAUUUUCUAUACUGGAAGCACUACAGUUGGAAAAAUUGUCAUGGAAGCUGCCGCCAAGCAUCUGACCCCUGUGACUCUUGAACUGGGAGGGAAGAGUCCAUGUUAUGUUGACAAAGAUUGUGACUUGGACAUUGCCUGCAGACGCAUAACAUGGGGGAAGUACUUGAAUUGUGGUCAAACCUGCAUUGCUCCCGACUACAUUCUCUGUGAACCAUCUCUCCAGAGUCAAAUCGUACAGAAGAUUAAGGAGACUGUGCAGGAAUUUUAUGGAGAAAAUAUCAAAGAAUCUCCUGAUUAUGAAAGGAUCAUCAAUCUUCGUCAUUUUAAGAGGAUAUUAAGUUUGCUUGAAGGACAAAAGAUAGCUUUUGGUGGGGAGGCUGACGAAGCCACACGUUACAUAGCCCCAACAAUACUUACUGAUGUUAAUCCUGAAACCAAGGUGAUGCAAGAAGAAAUUUUUGGACCAAUUCUUCCAAUAGUGCCUGUGAAGAAUGCAGAUGAAGCCAUACAAUUCAUAAAUGAACGUGAAAAGCCCCUGGCUUUCUAUGUGUUUUCUCAUAACAAUAAGCUUGUCAAACGCAUGAUUGAUGAGACGUCGAGCGGUGGUGUCACGGUCAACGAUGUCAUCAUGCACUUUACACUCAGUUCUUUGCCCUUUGGAGGAGUGGGUUCAAGUGGGAUGGGAGCUUAUCACGGAAAACAUAGUUUUGAUACCUUUUCUCAUCAUCGUCCCUGUUUAGUAAAAAGUUUAAAGGGAGAAAGUGCUAACAAACUCAGAUAUCCUCCCAACAGCCAGUCAAAGGUGGAUUGGGCAAAAUUUUUCAUCUUGAAACGAUUCAACAAAGGAAAACUCGGUCUCCUGUUACUCACUUUCCUGGGCAUUGUGGCCGCUGUGCUUGUCAAGAGAGAGCACUUUCUGAAUAAGUUCAGCCUACAGAACUUAAAGUGGUGAUGCCAUUUCCUGUCAUGGACUUUGGACCCCAAGCACCUCACAGGACUGAUGGUGCAUCUCUUGGAGAAGUUUGGAGAAGUGUGUAAGCCGUAGCAGUUGACCAUGCUGAAAGGUAUGGAGGACAUGGGAAGACUCUCCUGAAAGCGGCCACACCUGAGAUACUUCAGCCAAGUGGGAAGUGCUAAAGAAGAGCCCCCUGCUGGCAGUGCAGUGUGACUCCACCAUCCUCUGCCCCUCUGCCCCUCUGCCUCGUUUGAGGCAGACUCAGCCCACUAAGUGAGAGAAUGUCAUUCACUUUACAGAGUGUAUUAUCAGCUUUGCUGAAAGAAUCUGUUCCAUUAAGGCUGUCUGAAGUAUGAGGUAUUGAACUAAACUAGACAAAGCUACACAAACAUGGCUCUAGCCAACUAAUCAGCCAUAAUCCAUUUUAGAAAAAACUUCAGUAUGGAAUUUUCAUUUAGUAUAUUAAAUUGUACAUUAUAAUUUCUAGUUAAACUAAAUAUCUCCUUGUCUACUGAUAUAUUCUGCUUCAAAAUAAAUAUGUGAUAUUUGA